AUGUUACUGACAGCGGCUAGCUGCUCGUGCAAUAAAGACAUUCACGUUGUAGCAGAUGGCCUUCAACCUGCCCGAGAAGAACCCGAGUUUGACUACAACUUCUCCAACUGGCUUCCUCGCUACACGAAACCUGUCCAUCCGUGUGAAUACUGUCGAUCACGCGGCCUGGAGUGCUUUCUCUAUAAUGCUCAGACUGGCAAGCCGACUAGCUGUUCCCCAUGUAACGCCUUGUUCAGGCCUUGCAGCUUCAGCGAUCCUGAUAAACUGCCAAUGCUGAGGAACAGAACCGCACUGGACACGCUCAAUGUAGUGACCGAGGAUGCCGCUCAGUGCUUUGGCGGCCGCACCGGAAAGAAGCCUCUACGGUCUUUGGGUUACAUGGGUCCCAUUAUUGUCGGCGACCUUCUCGCCGAUGAUGCACCCAAAAGGGGCACUGGUGCUUCACGCUUCCCACGUGAAGCCGUCAAGAUCCUGAAAGACUGGAUGAUAGCACACAUCGAUCACCCGUAUCCGACUGAAGAAGAGAAGGAAGCCUUGAAGGUGCAGACAGGUCUUAGUAUCGGUCAGAUAUCAAACUGGAUGGCAAAUACAAGACGACGACAGAAAGCCCGUCCUAAGCGAGCAGCUUCGCCCAGUAUCCGUCCUUCAACGGAGGCUGUAAAUAUCCCCCCGGGCCGGACGUGGGACGACAUGAAUCCUUUGGAACGUUGGAAGCAUUCUCCACCUGAAAACGAACCGGCCCCCCUCACUGCUAUUGCAAAGGCUAUGCAAACUUUUGAUCCCCCAGCACCUACCGAUCCAUCCACCAGCUACAAUGGCGCGAAGAAGCAUUCAAACGGCAGUACCGGUAGUUUCUCUGUGUUCCGUGCACCGUCAUCGACGUCAGGAGAGACCAGUUUCACCAACAUGUCGUCGGGAUCUCUUGGAUCAGCCUUCUCGCACGGCUCUCGUAACUCUCUCGGUUCCCUGAACAGCUUGAAGUCCAAGGAGAGGCGGAGGAGACGGCGAAUGCCUCCCCGGACACCCAAGCUGGAUCUUGACAGCGAGAAGCGAUUGUUUCAGUGCACAUUCUGUACCGAUCGCUUCAAGAACAAAUAUGACUGGUCGCGCCAUGAGAAGUCGCUGCACUUGUCCUUGGUGAAAUGGAUAUGCGCACCGCUAGGCGAUGUCAUCACUUGCACAUCAUCAGGGCAGCGACAGUGUGUCUACUGCGACGCGAUUGAUCCUACGGACGAACACUUGGCGGCACACAAUCAUCGAGCUUGCGAGGAAAAGGGGAUAGAAGCCAGGACCUUCUACCGGAAGGAUCACUUGAGCCAGCACCUCCGUCUCAUGCACGGUUGCAAAAUGAUCCCAAGCAUGGAUUCCUGGAAAGCCGAAGUACAAAAUAUCCGAUCCCGCUGCGGGUUCUGUAACACCUUUUUCGACAAGUGGCAAGAUCGCGUUGACCAUUUGGCGAAGGAGUUCCGCAAUGGUGCAACCAUGAAAGACUGGAAGGGCUGUAGAGGCCUCGAACCUCACAUUGCCGCCCAAGUUACCAACGCCAUGCCGCCUUAUUUGAUUGCUAACGAGAGCAAAUCUCCAUUCCCCUUUUCUGCAACGAAUGCUACUAGCAUGAAGCAUUCGUGCCUCAAUCUGGACCAAACCGACCUCGAAUACCUCCUCCCAACGGCUUCCAACAGCCCUACUCAUCCUGCGGACCAUACAUCCCACUCUAACUCGUCCCACACCCCCACGACCGCCGCUAACGCUUCGCCUCAAAACAGCCAACAAUCUCCAUCAGGAGACUCUUCUGACCAAAACGAAAACCCCAACCCCAACGCAACGUGUUGGGAGGUCCUGACCCUAAGACUCGGCCAGAUGGCCCGCCAGUACAUCGAAACUCACGGUCCCAACUCUCUCACUGACGAGAUGCUGCAAACGCACGCCCGUCGCAUCCUAUAUGAUUGCGACGACCCCUGGAAUCAGACCGCGGCAGAUAAUCCCGAAUGGCUUGGGCUGUUCAAGAAAGCGCACGGGAUCAUCACUCCGACCGACGACCGCCAACACAAUCACUCGUUAUCUCAUCAUGAGAUCCUCGAAGACUUGGGGGUAGGCCCGGGUGCGAAGCUGGAUAAGAGCUUCGACCUGAGCAACUUCCAUUGCGUGAUUGAGGGGCAACAUAGCGGGAUGGAGACCGAGACGUUGGCGUACGAGUGCACCCUUUCCGGCAGUAUGAAGAUCUCGCAGACUGCGAGGGAGUGGAAGAGAAACUCCCAGUCUUCGUUGACGAAUCAGACCGUGCCUGGCAUGUCGUCUGCUUCGUCAGGGCCAUCGCCGUCAACAUCUGUCUCUGCCUCCGCUUCGCAUCCACACGAGUAUAUCGGACUUCAGCAGACACCGAUUAUGGAACUCAUGUGCUCGACCCCCGGCGGCCCAUGUUUUGGCGAGAAUGGGGAGAUAGGCUUCUCAGCGCGGCAACUUGGAAAGGGACCUGGGAAGCAGGCGUAUUUCCUUGACCAUCUUGGCGACCCUCCUCCUGCACAGACUCUUCAUUCGGGCCAGACAGCCCCAGCGCCUGCAGCUGAGAGUGGUCAUCCCGAUUUGCUAGACUGGUCACAGUUCUCUACCGCUGCUUCGGUGGCCGUGCCUGCCAGUCUGCCGACGUCGACCGCCGCAGGACAGUUCGGGUUGUCGUCUAGCAUGCCGGCGCUCGGAAUGGGGACGGCUAUGGCGUCUGGAUUCCUGACGGGAGCUGAAGAGGGUGUGGGAAAUAUGCCAUCGAUGCAGUGGGACGAUGCGGAUUUGACUUUCCCGUUGGAUAUGGAUAUGGAUUUGGAUUUUGACGGAUUGGAUGUGGAUGCGCUGCUGGGUGGCAGUUCUUGA